AUGUUAACAGAUUGUGAUUUUUAUAGCAAACAAAGUAUAACUGAAUUAUAAGCUUAAUUGGCUCAUAAGUAAAAGAAGAUUCAGAUCUUAAAAUAAGAAAAGAAUUCUAUGCUGAACAGAAUAGAUGAAUUGAAUUAAAAAGUUCAUGAUUAGGCAGAAGAAUUCAAAAAGUAUAGAUUGAAAUUCAGAGGUCUAGAAAAGUAACACUCUCAUUUAAAGAAUCAGAAUGAAAAUUUAAAGAAAGACUAAAGUAUGAACAAUGAAACUAUAACCUUGUUUUAAAAAGGAUUCAAAAGAGAUGAAUUCAAAAAGCAUGAAAGAACAGUAGCUUAGUUGCAAAAUGAUAUUAUUAAAUUGUCUAAUGCUUUGGAAGAGCAUAAAAUAGUUAGAGAAUCCAAUUGCGAAGAAAUUACAAGAUAAUUAAUUUAUAUCUAAGAAUUGGAAAGCCAACUAAAUACAUAUAAAUCAUUGAAUGAAGAUGAUUAGUUAAAAUACAAUAAUCAAUAACUUUAUUAAACUAUUGAAGAUCUUAAUUAUUAAUUGUAGUCAUCAAUUUAAUAGAAAGAUGAAGAUAAUUAACAUUAAUUAUAAGAAUUAUAAUAAUUAGCUGAUAUUGCUAAAUUAGAAAACAAAGAACUCACAUUAAAGAUAGCGCAACAAGAAAAGUUGUAUUAGAUGCAAAUAUAAAAAAUAAUUAAGCUUUGUGAAUCAGUAUAUGAUGAAUUGUCUAAUAAAAUAUCCAACAAAUAAGAAGUUAAUGAUAUCUUAUAAAAAUUGGUUAUGUCCAAAAAAGACUUUGAUUUGGAUCUUCUUAAAAUUGAAUCUGAAAUCAAUAGCUAAACUUGUGAAGAAUUAUAGAAUAAAGUUGAGAAUUUAUCGAGUGAAAAUUAAAAUAUUAAAUAAAAAUUUUAAGCAACUUCUACAAAUAAAGAAGCUCUAUAAAUGAGAGAAAAAGAUUUAGUUCAUCAAAUUGAUAAAUUGCAAUAAUAAGUUGAACGAUAAAAAGAAUUGAACUAGAUGAGAUAAAAGACAAUGUCAGAAUAAAUAUCAGCUUUAUAGAGAACUAAUAAGCAAUUAAACUAGGAUUUGGAUAAAAUAACUAAAGAAGUUCAAGAUUUGAGGGAAGAAAAGGUUAUCUUACAGUAGACAAUACAAAGAUAAGAGAAAAAAAUACAAACACUAAGUUUAUCUAAAUAUAAAUGA